UCUGAAAAUUUCUUUUUUUUUUUAGCAAUUUGUUGUUUGUAUGGAUGCUUUAUAUGAAAGACCAACUGCGCGAUACAUAUUAAAGAAUGUGAUGUAAAAUGAUAAGAAAAGAUGAACGAAACGGAAUGGGAGAGGAUUAAUAAUGUCUGGGACAUCUCACAUGGAUGAUGUUAAAGUAAUGUUACCAAUUAUUGUGGUAUAUAUUUUUGAACGCAGAGGAAGUGGCAAAGUCCCCAGGGAUGAUUAGAAGAUUGAUUAGAAGAUUAAGAACAUGUAAUAACGAAUGUACUGAACACUUAGUCAUUAUCAUAUGCAUCCUGUUACAUGUCUGCUGUAGCUAAAAAUGGUCAAUAUAAAUAUUCUUAAACGUAUAAUGUUGUCAAAUCGCAAUCUCAGUAGUAAUACUGUAUUUCAGAUCUAUAAUGUACCUAUAUAGAUAUUCUUGUCUGUAAUGCAUACCUACCACAUUUCAUACCUAUCUUAUUUAAAACAUACAUACAAAAUUAACUUUCGUAGAUCAAUCGUAAAAUGCAGACACGAACAUCGGCUACACAUAUGCAGCGUAAUAUUAAUAGGGAACCAACUUUCUCGCUCCUUUGUAUCCCUAUGACUGUGGGACUGUUGAUUAAGAAGCACUCCCAGGAAGUGUGUUACGCUACAAACAAUAAGUAACGUUUUUAAGUGGCUAAAUAUAUUCAUAGAUAUAUUAAAGCAUAGUAUUUUGCCGAUAUCGCUUGCAUAUAAAAAUAACGUUUUUAAAAUAUGUUUGCCGGGUUACCCGAACUUGGAAUCUCCAACGGCGAGGAUCUAAAAGAAACACUGACCAACUGUACAGAACCUCUGAAAGCCAUCGACCAAUUUCAGACAGAGAAUGGCAUCUUGCUGCCAACAUUACAGUCAGCACUUCCUUUCUUGGAUCUUCAUGGCACCCCAAGACUGGAGUUUCAUCAGUCAGUUUUCGACGAGCUUCGAGACAAACUGAUGGAGCGGGUUGCCACUAUUGCCGAGGGGAAGGAGGAAGACCGAUAUGGCAAGCUCGAGGAAUUGCUGGAGAAAAGCUUUCCUCUGGUUAAGAUGCCAUCCAUCCAGCCAGUGGUCAUGCAGGUGUUGAAACACCUGCCUAAGGUCCCAGAGAAGAAGCUGAAGCAGGUGAUGGCAGAUAAGGAGCUGUAUAAGGUGUGCGCGGUGGAGGUGAAGAGGCAAAUCUGGCAGGAUAACCAGGCUCUCUUUGGGGAUGAGGUAUCGCCGUUGCUGAAGCAGUACAUUGUGGAGAAGGAGGCGGCGCUCUUCAGCAACGACCUCUCCGUCCUGCACAACUUCUUCAGCCCCUCACCAAAGACACGACGACAGGGAGAGGUGGUUCUGAAGCUGACGCAGAUGAUUGGGAAGAACGUGAAGCUGUACGACAUGGUGCUGCAGUUCCUGCGGACGCUGUUCCUGCGCACGCGUAACGUCCAUUACUGCACCCUACGGGCCGAGCUGCUCAUGUCCCUCCAUGACCUGGACAUCAGCGAGAUCUGCUCUGUCGACCCCUGCCACAAGUUCACCUGGUGCCUGGAUGCCUGUAUCCGGGAGAAGUUUGUGGACGCCAAGCGAGCCAGAGAGCUGCAGGGCUUCCUGGAUGGAGUGAAGAAAGGACAGGACAGAGUGCUGGGAGACCUGUCUAUGAUCCUCUGUGACCCCUUUGCAAGUAACACCCUGGUUCUGAGCACAGUUAGGAACCUACAGGAGCUCCUGGGACAGGAUGCACUGCCAAGGGACAGCCCAGAUCUGCUACUGCUUCUGAGGAUGCUCUCCCUGGGCCAGGGUGCCUGGGACAUGAUUGACAGCCAGGUUUUCAAGGAGCCAAGACUGGAGCUGGAGGUGGUGACCCGCUUUCUGCCAGCCAUGUUGUCUGUGGUGGUGGAUGACUACACAUUCACCGUGGAGCAGAAACUGCCCAGUGAAGAGAAGACUUCACUCACUUACCCCACCAGCCUGCCUGAUGCCUUCAUCAAGUUCCUGCAGGAGAACAGAGUGGCCUGUGAAAUGGGUCUGUACUAUGUGCUCCACAUCGCCAAACAGAGGAACAAGAACGCCCUGCAGAGACUCCUGCCGGCCCUGGUGGAGACCCACAACGACAUGGCGUUUGGUGACAUCUUCCUCCACCUCCUGAUGGGUCAUCUCACCCUUCUGUCAGACGAGUUCGGGACGGAGGAGUUCUGUGCCGCAGUUUUCGAUGGUUUUCUCCUUACCUCCUUCUCCAGCAAGGAGAAUGUGCACAGGCACACUCUGCGCCUGUUGCUGCAUCUCCACCAUAAAGUUCUGCCGUCUCGCCUGGAGGCCCUGAUGAAGACCCUGGAGCCCCCAAAACAGAGCAGUGACCCCCUGAAGGACCUGUACACCCAGCUGACCGAGAAGCUGGAGGCCCAGAAGAAGAGUCCCCCACAACCUGCUGAAACCCCCUCCCUGGACCUGGGGCUUCACCCUGUGACAGUUCCCACCACAGCCUCAGCUCCCACCACCCCGAUUUGAGAGAGUACUGCUGAUGGGUUGGUUUGAAGGGAGGGGGAAGAGCCAUGGCCUCUAUUGCAUGUGGCCAAUGAGGAGUCGUGUCUGAAGGACAGUUCAUUACUACUCCGCCCACCAUUUGCUGGAGUGAAGACCUGAGCUUAAUACAAGUCUAGUUCAAUACAACACAUGCAAAAGGAUGUUUCAAACCGUUGUGGGAAUUUAAGUAGUCACAACCCUGUGUUUUUCUAUCUUUUGUAUAUAUUUAAAAGUGGCAUUUUAAAGCUUUUUUCCAGCUUUAAUAAUGUACACCUGAGAACGUGACAAUUUCAAUGUGUAUAUUUUUUUUUCAUGGAAAAAUAGUCUUGCGUAAUUGUUGUACAACUUUAAAAUAUAUUUUCAUAUAUACCUGGACUGAAUGUGUGUACUGUGGUGGGAAUUCCAUCUGUGGUUUA